GAGUUUUCAUGUAAACCAUGAACAGCUGAUUGACCUAAAUCUGUCGCCACACUGUUUGGCCAAGUCCACCUUGACAAUAAUGAUAAUAAUCCUUGAUUAUUAUUAAUUAUUGUAAAUGAUGAAUUUUUUGGUAAAAUAUAAAAUAUUAAUUAAUUUUUUACAUAGUGGAUAUGCCAAAAAUAAUAAACAUCAUUUAUUGGCAUUAGUGUUUUUGUAUUAUGCAUCAUUGAGAUUUAAAAAAUUUAUAAAUAAUAAAAUUAAAUUCAAAUGUUUAAAUAACAAAGCAGUUGAUUAUUUUGUUAAUAAAUAUUUUAAUGAUAAUUAUGUUGAUGCAAAAUCAUGUGUAUUUGGAAAUUUGCACAAUGUUAAUAUUAAAAAAUGGAUAAACAUUUGUUCAGUUGGAUCAGAAAAAAAAUAUAAAGUACAAUUAAUAAAUAUCAAUUGUUUAGAAAAUAAUAUUAUUUAUUUAUCUGAUGUGACAUUUUAUAAUAUUAAAAAGUUAUUUAAACAUAAUGAUGAGUCAUUGUUUUUUAUUCUUCCUGGUGUUGAUGCACCAAGUAAAUUUGCUGAUGAAGUUAAAUUAUCAAUGAUAUCAAACCCCCAUGAUUGUCCUGAGAGCUUGAUUGAUAAUUUGUUGAGAAAUUAUUUUAGCCAGCCAAGAUAUUUGAGAAAGAAUGAUGUUAUUUGUACAAGAAUAACAGAUUAUGCAGCAGAAUAUUUUUAUACAAACCCAACACCAGAGCUGUCAAAGGUUUAUUUUAAAAUAAAUUGUGUAAAGCUAAAUGGGCAUUACACCAAUGAAGCUAGUUAUGUUGUUUGUGAUGAAUCAAGAUUGAUUCAAGAAGGAUCUAUCAACGAGUAUCUGCCAAGACAGUAUCAAGUAUUUAUUGAACAAAAUAACUGCAAUAACUUGGACAAUAUUGCUGAUGAGCUUGACAAGUCAUUGAUGUUAAAUUGUCCAAGAUUUUUAGAGAAAUAUGUAGAGACACUUGAAGAUUGUAUCAGGCCAUUUAUGACAACAGACAAUUGGAUGAAUAUCAAACCAGUUUUUAUUGUUGAUGGUCCACGUGGUUGUGGUAAACAUAGACUAUUAACAUGUCUUGCUAAACGACUUGGUUUUAAUUUUUAUAAUGUUGAUUGUGCUGAAAUUCAUACACUAUCAGCAUCACAAACAGAAGCCAAAUUACGUAUUGUUAUUAGCAAUGCUGAAUCUUAUGUUCCUUGUAUUUUAAAGCUCAGUAAUAUUGAAUCAUUUUGUAAAAAUACUGAUGGUAAAAUUGACGAAAGAAUAACAUCAAAUUUUACAGAACAAUUAAAUAAUUUAUACAGUGAAAAAAUGACGUAUCCACUAAUUAUCAUAGCAACAAUUGAAAGCUCAGAAAUACCAAGAGAUAUUGAAAGAAAUUUCAUUGAAAAAAUUACAAUAAAACAGCUAAAUCAAGAUGAUAAAAUUGAUAUAAUUAAUUGGUAUUUAAAAAUUAAAAAAUUUAAUACAAAUAUUGAUGUAAAAAAUAUUGCUGAAUUAUGUUAUGAUUUAGUAAUAAAUGAUUUCGAAACAAUGAUAUUAAAUUCAGCUAAAAAUUCAUAUAAAAAAUAUAAAAACAAUGUGUUAAUUGAAAUGUGUGAUUUUAAAAAGUCACUUGAAUCAAUGCAAGAUAUAUUAUCAGAUGAUAUUGGUUCACCAAAAAUACCAAAAGUUUAUUGGGAUGAUAUUGGUGGUUUGAUAAAUUUAAAAAAUGAAAUAAUACGUAGAAUUGAAUUGCCAUUGUUAAAUAAUUCUGGAAUUAAAAGUUCUGGAAUAUUAUUAUAUGGUCCACCAGGUACUGGCAAGACACUGUUAGCAAAAGCUGUUGCAACUGAAUGUAAACUUAAUUUUUUAUCAGUCAAAGGACCAGAGUUAUUGAACAUGUAUGUUGGACAAAGUGAAAAAAAUGUUAGAGAUAUAUUUGAACGUGCUAAAAUAGCAUCACCAUGUAUAAUAUUUUUUGAUGAACUUGAUGCACUUGCACCAAAUCGUGGACGUAGUGGUGAUAGUGGUGGUGUUAUGGAUCGUGUUGUAUCACAGUUACUUGCUGAAAUGGAUGGUCUUGAAAGUUCAACAAGUACAUUUAUUAUUGGUGCAACAAAUAGACCAGAUCUCAUUGAUUCAGCAUUGCUUAGACCAGGAAGAUUUGAUAAGCUACUUUAUGUUGGAAUUUAUUCUGAUCAUCAAUCACAAUUAAGUGUAUUAAAUGCUGUUACUAAAAAAUUUAUAUUUGCUAAUAAUAAUAGGGAUGAAUUGUUAAAAAAUAUUGCUGAUAAAUUACCAGCUAAUUUAACUGGUGCUGAUUUGCAAUCAGUAUGUUCUAAUGCUUGGUUAAAUGCUGUUAAGAGAAUCAUUGAAUCAUCAGAUAAAUAUCAACAACCAAAAGGUCCAGUUGUUGUUAAAAUUGAAGAUUUUAUUGAUGCUAUUAAUGUACUUGUACCUUCUGUAACCAAUGAUGAACUUGAAAGAUAUGAAAAAUUACAAAAGCAAUUGUCUUGCAAGAAAAAUUUAUAAAUGUUGAUAUUUUUUAAAAUUAUUAGGACAUGGUACCAUGAUUAUUUGCUCAAUUAUUUACAUAAACAUUUUGUAUAUUUAUUUUUAUAUUUUUAAUCCAAUUGUUGACAAUAAAAAUACAAUAUAUUUUUUUAAAUUGAUUUUUGGA